UCUGAGAUCGGGCUGUAAACGACACACACCCGUCUUCGUGGGACCGAGGAUGACUACCAUCGUGUGUGUUGAUAUAAGAUAAUCAUCAUGUUUAAGAGAAAAAGUGAAUUACAUUACUAGUUAGUGGAAAUCCUCUAGUGACAGGGCGAAAUCUUCGACAAGAUAAGAUUAAAUUUCGAUGACCUCCAGGAUGAUAACAGCAUAGCUGACGAAACCUACCAUAGCCGUCGUUGUCUUCUCACCCAACUUCGGAUUCUUCCUCUUGUCUUCUGUUGUCUUCAUCGACGUCUUCGUACCAUGAGUAAAUCCAACGGCACCGAGGAAGGUGAGUCUCAGGCGAAGGCGAGAGGACCACCUGUCGAAAAGCUGGUGCCCCCAGAUGGCGGUUGGGGCUGGUUCAUCGUGCUUGGUAGUGGUAUCACGAUGUUCGUGUUACCGAGUCUGUCUACCUGCUUCGGUCUGAUCUACGUGCACCUGGUGGCGUCCGGCUACACUAACAGCCAGGUGUCGCCCAUUCCCGGCCUGAUGUUUGGGAUGGCGUGCCUAACAGGUCCCGUAGCAACAAGCCUCACCCGCUACUACAGUCACCGACGCCUGAGUGUCAUUGGGAUCUGCUUGGCGGUGACGGGCGUUUUCUUGUGUGCCUUCUGGGAUGACCUCGUUUGGUAUUAUGUUUGCUUCGGGGUCAUUGCGGGCGUGGGCAGCGGGAUGGUGAAUCCCCACGGCUUCAUCCUGGGCCAGAUGUACUUCCGCCGAAGGAGGGUGGCCGCCAACGCCCUCUCGAUGCUGGGCGCCUCGCUGGGCUUCAUGGUGAUGCCGCCCCUCGUCAGGUUCCUCGCCAACACCUACGGCCACCGGGGCGCCCUCCUGCUGUGGUCGGCGAUCCUGCUGCAUGCCCUCGUGGGCGCCGCUCUCUACCAGCCGGUCGAGUGGCACUUGAAGCCCAACCCUCUGGCCAACGUUCGCCUGGUCGAGGCCAGGCCGUGCCAGGAAGAUGGCCAUGCCGCUGAUGCUGACGGCGAAGAAGCAGAAGAUGGCAGUCAGGACGGCUCGUAUCCCAGCGAGAGCGAGGGUGAAGAUGAAGAUGGAGUUGAAGGAAGCCUUCCGCAAGACGGCGCUCACCAUCACCCUGACCCUCAAAGACGCCGAGAGUCAUCCGCGUCCAAGGGGGAAGCGGAGGUGUUCCUCGGCAGAGAGAGCAGCGAGGAACCCUUGGGGGAAGGCAGACGCAGGCUCAGCAGUUACAUCUCCGUUCGAAACAGUUUGUACAGUUCGUGUGACGUCAUCGACCAGUUCGGCGCGGCUCUCUCUGUCGAAACGGAAAGACUGAAAGAUGUGUAUGUUGAAGUUGUGGAAAAGGCCGAAGAGAAGCCGAAAGAACCGCAGCCAUAUUUUCUGUGUGGGCUGAAGUUUCCUCGGUUUUCUGAUAUACUGAAUUUUAAGAUAUUAUUCCACCCCAUUUUCCUCAUCGCGUCCAUAUCUAGCAUUGCUAACAGAAUGGUAUACAUGAACUUUGUCACAUACAUCCCGGCUUUGGGAGUGGACCUGGGCAUGCUAGAUGAGGCGCCCUUCCUGCUCACCACAAUCUCCAUGGCUGACCUCGUCGCCAAGGGCAUCAUGUCCCUCGUCAGCGACCGCGGGUGGUGCCAGCGCCGCUACUUCGCCAUCAGCGCUGGCGUCUUGGCUUCCGUGACGGCCUCGCUGGUGCCCCAAACGUGGAACUUCGCAAGCCUUGCCUCCUGCUGCGCCCUCUAUGGGUUCAGCCUGGGCGUGAUGGUAUCCGUGUCUCCCAUCCUCCUGGUGGAAUACCUCGGCCUCAAGCUUCUUCCUUAUACGUUCGGUCUCCUUCUCUUCAUGAAUGGAGUGUCAUCAGUGAUAAUUUUCCCUCUUACUGGUUUCAUCAACGACGUCAUGGCCAACUACACAACCAUCUAUUACUUGCUGGGAGGCCUAUCGCUCAUGCCGUCCGUCCUGUGGAGUCUCGUGCCCUUCGUCAACCAAGACAAGAUCAGAAACAUUGUCUGAAAUCUUAUUACUCAUAGUCCGUCCAGUUUCAGGAAAGGAAAACUCACCCUAGGCUCUGAAUUACUUAAACUCGCUCUCCCCUAUUUUAUUUCUAAUCCUCUGACAUUUCAAAAAUCAUGUACAUUAUGUCAAAGGCUUUGCACCACUUUCUCUUUUUUGUCCAAGUGACCAGAGUCCAGAGUGAGCUAUAAUUUCUUCCUUUUCUGAGACCGGAUGGACUAUAAAUCAAACGAGAAUUCACUGUAUUUAUACAAAUUCUACGUUGUAAUGGAUAAGUAUUAAAAUAUGUGGUAUUAC